AUGGCGUCCUAUAAGGAAACUGAAGCUUGGAAAGAAGCAGAUCUCGCAGAGGAUCGUAGCUUUCGACCAACUCGAGCACCAGGCAGCCGGCGAAAGGCACCAUUCUACAAAGUUCUGCAAGGAAUGCCCAUCGCCGUUGAUGCGUUCCGCUAUGGAACCAUACCAGGCGUCACCGCCUACUUUUUAACUCAUGCUCAUUCCGAUCACUACACUAACCUUGCUUCGAAUUGGAAAAGCGGGCCGAUUUAUUGUUCAGGGGAUACAGCUAGUUUGAUGAUACAUAUGUUGUCGGUUGAUCCCAAGUGGGUUCAUCCACUCCCGAUGGAUGUCCCUACCAUUGUUCCCGACUCAGGCGGGGUCACUGUCACACUUAUUGAAGCUAAUCAUUGCCCGGGAUCGUGCCUAUUUUUAUUCGAGGGUCCGCAGACUGUGCAUGCGGGUGACAGCGCCUUCAAAUCGCCAUUCGUUGGUUCCGGGAAGACUUUCCGAUAUUUGCAUUGUGGAGACUUCAGAGCUUCGCCUUAUCAUGUAAUGCACCCUGCGGUGAGAGGAAAGCAAAUUGACCAUGUGUAUCUGGACACGACCUACUUGGACCCGAAGUAUACCUUUCCUCCGCAGCCAUUGGUCAUCUCAGCCUGCGCAGAGCUGGCCAGAAGAAUUGUUUCAGGGGAGUGGAUUGGCGCUCCAGACACGAAUGGAAAGCGGAAUUCGACUAUGGAUGCUUGGGUUAUUCCUCCAGACAAGGCAGACGAUAUCAUCAUGAAACAGCCCAAGGACCGAAUGUUGGUGGUUGUCGGUAUUUGUGCGGACUGUAUCUUGCUUGCUCAAUUGUUUCUAGCUAUCGCGCAGGCUCUCAACACUAAAAUUUAUUGUAAUGCACAUAAGGCUGCCAUCCUACGAUGUCAAAGUGACACUGAGUUGCAUGCGCUCUUGACCGAGGACCCAAGCGAUGCUGGCGUGCAUGUUGUUCCGUUGAACAUGAUCGUUUCGGACAAGCUCAAAGCGUAUGUGCAACGGUUCAAGGGGACAUACUCGCGGGUGGUCGGUUUCAGGCCCACAGGAUGGACUUACACACCACCGUCUGGUAGCGAUCUUAGUCCAUCCAUCUUAUCCAUCAUAUCGCGCGGGCAGUCACGGUCCUUCACCCAUGCAGACCUUAGACCCAUGCAGAAGUCGACAUUUGCUGUGCAAAUGUACGGCGUGCCGUAUUCGGAGCACAGUUCAUUUUUUGAGCUUACGUGCUUUGCAAUGUCGUGUGAUUGGGUGAAGAUGAUUGCAACUGUGAAUGUUGGAAACGAAAGAUCCAGAGCGAAAAUGGCAAAAUGGGUGGAAUGCUGGGAGAUUGACAGAAAGCGAAAUAGGGAGGUCAUAGUAAGACCUAGAGCUGCUGAUUACUGGUGA